AAGAAAUAGGAGAAUAUAUAUAUGCACUUGACGUACAAAUCUGCACUGCAACCACAUAGUUUCCCAAUUGUGGGUUCAAUAAAAGUCUAUCCUAUUAGCAUUUUUAAUAGCUUUAAAUGCUGAAUUUCCCCCAGGGAUCAAUAAAGUACUUCUAUUCUAUUCUAUACACAUGUGGGCGAAAAUAGUAGAAAUAUUUACCAAUGUGAGGCAAUGGUAUUAUUUAAAUUGACAUACCGUCGUCCCUUGUUUGGCUACACGACAUGACCGCAAUAAAUGAUCUCUGUGAAGAAGUAAUCAUUGAUUAUACAUUAUAGAGCAAAAAAUAUAUGUUUAUGAGAAAUCACAACAACAAAAUAUUUAAAUGUCCCCAUGGGGUAUCGUGUGUAUGAUUUUUAGGGACACAAUGAAUGUAUUCCAUUUUUGAAAAAGGCAUAAAUUGUGGAAAAAGUGAAUUGCUGUGAAUACUUAAUGGAUGAACUGUAAAGAUGAAAUGCAGUAUUAAUUUAUUUAAUUGCCUGAUUGGGAAAUGAGCAAACAAACCUGUUUUCAAGGCUUGCAUGGACGUUUUUAUGGAUAUUUUUUCGUAUGGACUUGAAGUCGUCCCUUGUUAAUCACUGUUAAUUGGAAUCAGACAUGUCUGCGAUAAUAUGAAGUAGAAAUCAAUAAUUAUGAAUCAAAUAUUUUCAUAUAAAAAACCUGUUUACAGCCUUAUAAAUUAGUUGUUCAAUACUAUAAGAGCCCUCUAGACAUGAAAUGACACCCUUUAGUCACCUUCACGCUCUUUUAAUCUAAUAUAAUAAUGUUGCCUGUAGCUGAGCCAUUCAGUGGCCACGGUUCUGAAGUGCGCGGUCUGAUUGGUUUGGUCUCUUCUAGUGGCUAAUACUACUGUACCAUUGAUAUUUUUUGUUUAUUUUGCCAUGUUUAUGCUUGAAAAUGCAGAAUAUAAGCCCAGUAUAUGGAAUAUAAUGCUUUUAAAAAAUCAACAAUGUAGUGAAGCGAGAUGUCACAAGGGCUGGCUACUGAAGUUACCAGUAUUGUCCAGUCAGACCUGUGUACCCUACCAAUUUUAGACUGUUUCUAACAAGAUUGGUCAAAAGGCACUCACACAACUACAGAGCACCAUGACUGCUUGAGCUGAUGCUCUGUGGUACUUCCGCGUUAGUUUUUCCAUCCAUCCAUCCAUUUCUACCGCGUGUUUCAACAUGUAAAAAUGCCCUGUUGUGCAGCACGGGGCUGCUCCAUCUGCGAAAAGUGUGGAAACUCUUUAUAUUGCUUUCCCCACAACCUGGAAAGGUGACACCAAUAGAAAGUGAAGGUUCGCCAUCAACACUGGAGAGCCACAAACUACAGUGUCUUGUGUGAGGUGAACACACGGCACAACGUCUGCGUUUUGUUCAGGAGAGAACACACAGAAGCUAAUACAAAUAAUAGAAGAAAUUAACAAUUAAAAAGAUGGUUUGACAAAAACAGACUAUCCUCAAAUCUCAGUAACACUAAAAUAAUGUUAUUCGGUAAAGACUGAAGAAAAAAGUUAAAUACAAAUAGACAGAGUAGACAUUGACAAAGUAAAAUAAAUGAAAUUUGGGGGUGUAAUAAUUGAUGAUUAAAUGAAGUGGAAAUCUCAUAUAAAAAGUAUACAACAAAAUGGCAAGAAAUAUUUAAAUAAUGAAUAGAGCAAAAUAUGUUCUUGAACAAAAAUCCGUCUAUAUUCUCUACUGCUUGCCAGUGUUACCAUAUCUGAGUUAUUGUGCAGAAAUGUGGGGAAAAAAGUACACUUAUUCACUAACAAUGUUACCAAAAAGAAAGAUCAGGUAGAAUAACACGUAAUGUUGACUAUCGAGAACAUUCAAACCCUUUUAUUGUUUGAAUCAAAAUGUAUGAAAUUCAAUGUUUUGAUGCAUUUCAAAAGGUUAAAAUUAUGUACAAAGCAAAAUAAGUGUAAGAAGUUUAGUUUUUGGGUCGUUCUGUAUAUUUCUUUACAUUUAUUGCGUCAUCUGGGAGCAAUAAAUGUCAGAACGACUGCAAUUGCAUGCCUACGGAAGCACACAUUUGGUAGCAAAGAUGGCGCCUCUCGUUUAGUUGGCCAUACUCUUUCUAUAAAGGCUCUGUGGCCAGUGUACUACCGCACCCCCUGCAGGUACUUUUGCUUAAUCGCAUCUCAGAAUUAUAUCCUAUUUGUCAGUGCUAUGGCUAACAAAUUGUAUAGAUAAUAACAUAUAGUAACUGAUCCAAGUUGACUUUAGACUGUUGAUGCCUGUGUUUUUUCAGAGCUAUAUUCCAAUACACGCUGUAAACUGUAAAGGAUACUCGCAGUGCUCCAGUGUCACCUUCUUAGAUAGUGGUGUUGCCUGUGUGAAGAAGAUUAGGCAGCACAGAGCUUAGUGGUGGUGUUACUCCUCUCAUCUUCUUCACUCUGGCUAAUGUGCGAGGAUGGGCGUGUGCUGCACACCACCAUAACUUUCUAGAUCUGCUCAGCAAAAAUAAUGACGUUUAAUCCACUGCUGCUGCUGCUGUUCACAUCCUUCCAGAGGGCAACUUGUCAAGUGUCUGAAUGGAUUGAAGAGGUAGAAGGUAGUGGUGAGACUGAAUGGAUCCUCCAACCAGAUUUUCUAGGGGAUAUCUACUGGUCAGGGAUAGCCCCACUUUGUGUAGGAGGCUGCAAGGCGCGCCACCAGGAGCUCAGACGGGAUCCUUGUGGAGACUCCAGCUGCUGCUGGCUGGGAUACAAGUCCCUGUGCCGAGUGAACUGCGGGAGGCCAGAUGUGGACUACAACGGUAUCGUGUAUGGAAACGACUGGUGGGUGGGAUCCGUGCUGAGCUACGCCUGUCGUCCUGGCUUCAUGCUGGUGGGAAACACCACCAGAACUUGCCUGUCCGAUGGCGUCUGGACUCCCAAGCCUUCCUGCUUGAGAAUGUGCAAAAGGGGCUCCAUUGAAAUCAGUGAGCGGGAACUGAACGGGACGUGCAACUCCACCUGCACAUAUAAAAGUUACUCGGGGCCUCCCAAGCUGGGCUGCACACAGAUACACAACUGCAAGCAGAAGAAGACCGGCUGGAAGCGCUUCUUUGCUCAAUGUGUGCCCUGCAUCUGCGACUGUGCUCUGUCGUGCUUAUCCAAAGGCUGAGCGAGGACUGUAAGUAAGAGGACUUGCUGUGGAUGCAAGUGGUAAUCUUUCAUGACAUUCAUUGAAUUCCUUUUGCAUUUCAUUAUUACUCCGGUUUUGGACGACACAACACUAUUCGAUGGAAUAAGGUCCUACUGAAUGAAAGGCACUGGAAAAGUCACCUUACUAAUGAUCUCAGCCCAAUAUAGUGAAUCAUGGGUAUGUUUCACUACAUUUCUGUGCUCUUUCGAAGAACAGCAGGAGUGAAAGCGUUUAGAUUAGCGGCUCCUGGAGGAUCUGAAACCUUAAUCUCAUUGCAAACAGGAGGAGCUCCAGUCUGGAAGCUGGGGUUCACAUUUAACACGGAAACACUGUUGUAAUUUUUUAUUAAUGAACUACACACUUUUUGUGUGUGGAAAACAUUGUGCAAAAUUUAAAGUGCAAAUGUUACAGUUGGCAUGCUGCUGCUGUAUUGAGCUUAACAAGAUGUUAAUGUACCUGAUGGUCAUGUAUUAGCAGCCUCUGGUGGCUGACGCUAACUCCUACUCAUCACAUCACAGCACCCAUUAAAAUAUUGUAACUUUUCUAAAAGAUUAAACGAAACACGAAAAGAAGAAACUACAACAUUUAUGUGACUUUUUCCACUUCACUCUGAAUGAUGUU